UUAAUUUUAAGCACUGGAACUAACGAGUUGAACUCUGCGGUCCGGGGAGUUCGCGCGCAGAUCGCGAUUGAAUUGCAAAGUGUGCCAUUAUGGGGUUGAACGCGCAAUACUACAACCUACUGUACUGUGUUAUCAAGUGGUGACCUAAGCUGGGCUUAUCAGCUUGAAGGCUUGAGCGUUCUGUCGUAUUCUAACAUUACCGCGAUCAGUUGCAUUCGAUCACGAAAUUAUGAAGGGCGUUGUUCUAGUUUUGGCACUGCUUUUGCCGAUUGUUUGUCCACACUACGCAGCACUGGUGCGCACGAGGAAGCCGCAUAAACAUAAGGAAUGUGGAAUACGGAAGAUAUCCACGCAGGCACUGAUCGUGCAAGGUUCUGACACGGUCCCGGGAGAGUGGCCUUGGCAUGUGGCUGUCUAUCACGUCAGCGAUCGAGGUCGAACGAGAGAGUACAAAUGUGGAGGUACGUUGAUCAACAGAAGCUUUGUGCUGACAACGGCUUCUUGUGCAAGAUACGGUGUUGACAAGCCUGAAGGGGCUAUUCUGGUAGAACUUGGUCAGCACAAUUUGCGGGAAUCGUUCGCUCAGACGCAGCAAUUCCCGGUUAUCCGUGCGAUCGUGCACGAAAGCUACCAGCAAGGAGAGCACAAAUACGAUAUCGGAGUAUUACAGUUGAAGACUCUGGCGAACUACUCGGACUACGUUCAACCAGUAUGUAUGCCCAGACCCAGCGAGAAAAUAGAAGACUACGAGGAUACGCUGGGAACAAUAGUCGGUUGGGGAUUCUUCGAAGCUGGCAAAAUCUCAGACAAACUGCAGAGUGCUCAAGUUCCGGUCAUUUCGAUUAUCACAUGUCUUCAGAGUGAGCGGGACUUUUUCGUUCGGGAGAUCUACGACGGAAUGUUCUGCGCAGGGCGACAAAACGGAACGACUCCUUGCUUCGGCGACGCCGGUGGCGGAAUGUUCUUCCGCACCGGUCGAACCUGGACCCUGCGUGGGAUUAUCUCGUUCACCAGCCAAGUCUACACGGAGACGGCCGGCUGCAAUACGAGCAGCUACUUCGGUCUGGUUAACGUGGGUCACUUUCUACCCUGGAUCGAAACUACGAUCGCGAGCCUCCGAAGCGGCGACCGACGGACAACGAAAUAAUGAUCGAUCGGUCGAUCGUAUGUUUUGACGGUGCCGGCAACCACCACCAACCGCGCCACGACGAACUCUCGGAUAAGAUCGCGCGCUGUCCGUUGUUGCCUCGAAGAGAGAGAGAGGGGACCUUUUGUUCUCUCUGCACUCCUUUUUACUCUAAUAACAACAAUAUUUUGAUUACAAUCCAUUUUGGAAGCAAAAUCCAAGAUUUAAAGCGAAUUAUUGAUAUUUAUCCGCUUUCAGCAUUCUUCUGUUUCCUCGAUUUUUUCGCUUUGGUUCCGUCUUCGAGCGGUUGCCGUCAGCGGCGUUGCUAGGAUUGCUCUGAGGGGGGGUGAAGUCAUUGAAAGAUUUUUUACAUAUUUACUCAAAAACUACCGUUGUUGACAGCCUCCGCACUUGCUUUGUGUGGUUAAUCAAAACAAAUUUGAAUGAAACGUCAGACCCAGAGGCGCGUCCACGUUCGGAACCAUGGGUAGGACAAACGUUGGCAAAUAUUUUGUGCACAGUGAAACUGAGAAAAAUUUCAACCCUAUGGAAUCCUAGACUGGGGAUUUAAAUUGACUAUAUUAGAGGGGCUCAAACACAAAGGGGUGUUAGUGUCAACACAAGAAAUAACAUAAUUCUUGACUUAUUUUGACUUUCAUACAAUUAGUAUAGAAUGAAAACUUCAAAGAGGAUUUUCUCAAAACAAGGGGCAUUCGUUUCUGCUGAAAAGUAGAUCCAUGAGGCACUUUUGAAGAAUCCUGAAGUAACCUCAUAUGAAACAAGUGAAAUCUUUAAUGUCACUCUGUA